AUGGCGGCGGCGGCGGCGGCGGCGGCGGGGCCGGUGUUCUGGAGGCGGCUGCUAGGCCUUCUGCCUGGCCGCCCCGGGCUGGCUGCGCUUCUGGGGCGCCUGUCCGACCGCCUCGGCAGGAACCCGGACCGCCGGCGCAGGAGGUCGCCAUGGCUGCUGUUGGCCCCUCUGCUGUCCCCCGUGGUCCCUGCUGUCACCUCACCUCCGUGCUGCCUGUGUGCGGAGGGCGUGCAUCGCUUCCAGUGGAUCAGAAACCUGGUUCCAGAGUUUGGCGUCUCCAGCUCUCAUGUCAGGGUGCUUUCUUCCCCAGCAGAGUUUUUUGAGCUCAUGAAGGGGCAGAUAAAAGUAGCCAAGAGGCGGGUCGUGAUGGCAUCCCUCUACCUGGGGAUAGGUCCCCUGGAACAGGAACUGGUGGAUUGCCUAGAAAGCACUCUAGAAAAAUCACUCCAGGCGAAGUUUCCUUCUGGCCUCAGGGUGUCCAUCCUCUUAGACUUCACGAGGGGCUCGAGAGGAAGGAAGAACUCGCGCACCAUGCUGCUCCCGCUCCUGCAGAGGUUUCCAGAACAGGUCCGCGUCUCGCUCUUCCACACGCCCAACCUCCGCGGGCUCCUGCGGCUCCUCAUCCCCGAGCGCUUCAACGAGACCAUCGGCCUGCAGCACAUCAAGGUGUACCUCUUCGACAACAACGUCAUCCUCAGCGGGGCAAACCUGAGUGACUCCUACUUCACCAACCGGCAGGACCGCUAUGUGUUCCUGCAGGACUGUCCCGAGAUCGCCGACUUCUUCACGGAGCUGGUGGACGCAGUAGGGGACGUGUCCCUGCAGCUGCAGGGGGACGACUCAGUGCAGAUGGUCGAGGGGAUGGUGCACCCUUACAAAGGUGACCGGGCUGCGUAUUGCAAGGCAGCCAAUAAGAGGGUCAUGGAUGUGAUCAACUCUGCCAGGACGCGCCAGCAGAUGCUGCAUGCCCAGACCUUCCACAGCGACUCCCUCCUGACCCAGGAGGACGCCGCCGCCGCUGGAGACCGGAGGCCAGCCCCCGACACCUGGAUCUACCCCCUGAUCCAGAUGAAGCCGUUUGAGAUUCAGAUCGACGAGAUUGUCACUGAGACCCUGCUGACGGAGGCCGAGCGAGGUGCUAAGGUCUACCUCACCACUGGCUACUUCAACCUGACCCAGGCCUACAUGGACCUGGUCUUGGGCACACGGGCUGAGUAUCAGAUCCUGCUGGCCUCGCCGGAGGUGAACGGCUUCUUCGGGGCCAGGGGGGUGGCGGGUGCCAUCCCGGCCGCCUACGUGCACAUCGAGCGGCAGUUCUACAGUGCGGUGUGCAGCCUGGGGCAGCAGGAGCGCGUGCGGCUGCAGGAAUACUGGCGCAGGGACUGGACGUUCCACGCCAAAGGCCUCUGGCUGUACCUGGCAGGGAGCAGCCUGCCCUGUCUCACGCUGAUUGGCUCUCCUAAUUUUGGGUACAGGUCGGUUCACCGGGACCUGGAGGCCCAGAUCGCCAUCGUAACGGAGAGCCGGGCCCUGCAGCAGCAGUUUCACCAGGAGCAGGAGCAGCUCUACUGCAGGGCAGGUGUGGUGUCCUCUGCCACCUUUGAGCAGCCGAGCCGGCAGGUGAAGCUGUGGGUGAAGAUGGUGACUCCGCUGAUCAAGAACUUCUUCUGAGGAUGGCAGGGAUGGCCUUGAUGAAGAUGACCGGCAUGGCUGGCGUCAGCUCUUUCAGCCGCGCUUCGGCGAUGACUCCGGUCUGGAUGUCCCAGCGAGCUCCUGCAGGGACGGCACGCCUGAGGGUCAGGGUAGUCCAGGGUGAGGGG